AUGUACGCUCGCUUUCGCACACGCUCCAAGUUCUACAAGCGUCCUGAACGGGUGCUUCGCGCGUAUAAUGUCAGUCCAAACAUUUUACGCCGCCCAAAUGUCAAGCCGGGCCUUAUCAGAGGUGUUUACAGCGACGAAAAAGUUGACUUGCGGGAUCGCGAGCGGCUGGAGCUGCUGGAGUCGAUUCGUCAUCCCAGAGAACGUGAUUUUUAUCAGGACCACACGUACCACAACCAGUGGAUUCGCCGAGACCUGGAAAAACAUCAGAAGAUGCAGCUUUCUUCACGGUACCGCUACUUUGCUCCGGAUUACGUCAUCACACCGUGGAUCUGGUACCCGGGUGAUGUGGUGGAGGUAGUGAGCGGCGAAGGCAUAGGGCAGCGCGGUGCGAUCAUUGCCGUGGUGAAGUACAAAAAUGAGAUCAUCGUGCAGAAUAUUAACGUGCAGGACGUUGUGAUCCCUGCGUCAGAAACGCGGCCGGAGCAGGUGUUGCAGCGGGAACACCCGAUCAGCGUUACGCGGGUGCGACACGUUGACCCGUCAACAAAUGAGCUGUGUAACCUGGAUCUGGUGAAGGUGCGCAACAAGGAAACGGGUGCGCUGGAGGAAAAGCGCAUGAGCCUCGAGACGGGGGUAUUGCUACCAAUUCCCCCGCUCGACAGCGGCAUGGAGGUGGGCGACCCCUUGAAGGACACGCCAAUCCAGGACGCGGACGAGGCAACAUAUGACCGUGAGGCGGAGAUGGCGGUGUUGGUACAGCGGCGCCUCCACGCCAUGGAAGAAUACUUUGUGCGCAGCCUGCGGAAGUCGUACGAGUUCCACGAACCGCUGCGCACGAAGAACGCGGAGGACCUGAAGGCGUUCCAGUCAGACGUGGUAGAUGCGGCGUCGACGGCUCUGGCGGAGAAGCUACUUGCAGUCGAUGGGACGACGCCUUCCACGUGGUGGAAGGAUGCCCUGGCGCCGUAUGUGGAGAGUAUCGAGGCGGAAAUGCGCGCCAGGGCCGAGGAAGAAGAGGCAGAAGCGGCGGUAGCGGAAGGCGAGACGUUAGCGACACAAGUGGCGGAGGAAGACGAGUUCUUGGAUGAGGAGGAGGAUGAAAUAAACAUGGAAAAGGAUGCGUCGUCCUUGUAA